GCACACACCCAGCGAUGGCGAUGUUUAGACUAAAACCCUAGCCCUAAACCCUUCACCAAUCUCGGCCAUCACGAUGAGUCAGGACGCCAUGGACGUUGAUCAAUCUCAGCCCACAACCAGGGCGAGUACUUUACACAAUUUAUCGGCCGGCCCUUUGUCUUCGUCAGCCGCCAAGCUUUCAGGUUCUUCCCGUUGCUUACCUUCGGACAAAGACUUUCACUUUUACUACAACUUCGACGAAUUUAAGAAACCAAUUGGAGAAAUUGCGAAAAAAUCUCAGACAAUGCUGGAAGCCAUCGGCAGCUCGGCGCAUUUAUGGGGCAAGGAGAUUGAUUUACCCAUGGAUAUCGACGAUGCAUAUGACUGGCUGGUUAAUGUGAAUGACGAGGUUUUUGAGCGGUUCGAUGUGUCCUUCGAUGAGUUUCUUAGGAUAAGGAAGAAAGAGGAGGAGACAGGGCGUCCUACGAGUUCAUUGCCCGACUCGGACGACGGGUUCCAGUUGGUUUAUGGGAAGAAGAAGAAGAAAGGAGCUAGUUAUCCGGGAGCUGGGAAAGUAGAGGAGCCAGAUUCAAUUCCUGCCUCCUGUGUUAAAGUGGCCGCAAAGGACAGGAAAACGACUGGGUCGAAGCCAAAGGUUCCGUUUCAUAUACCAACAAUUAGGAGACCUCAGGAUGAGUAUAACAUUCUAGUCAAUAAUUCGAACCAGCCUUUUGAGCAUGUUUGGUUGCAGAGGAGUGAUGAUGGCCAGAGGUUUAUUCAUCCGCUGGAGAAACUCUCUGUAUUGGAUUUCGUUGACAAAGAUCUUGGGGAUUUUCAACCUAGGCAGCCUUCCCCACUGGAAUCCACCCCUUUCAAACUUGUGGAGGAUGUCAAAGGUUUGAAGGAAUUGGCUGCAAAGCUGCGUGCUGUUAAUGAAUUUGCGGUGGAUUUGGAACAUAAUCAAUAUCGGUCCUUCCAAGGCUUAACUUGCUUGAUGCAAAUCUCAACCAGGACUGAAGAUUUUGUUGUGGACACUUUGAGGCUUCGGAUUCAUGUUGGGCCCUAUCUAAGGGAAGUAUUCAAGGAUCCUUCCAUAAAGAAGGUCAUGCAUGGAGCCGAUCGAGAUAUCAUUUGGCUUCAACGAGAUUUUGGCAUUUAUGUUUGCAAUUUAUUUGACACUGGCCAGGCCUCAAGAGUAUUGAAAUUGGAAAGAAAUAGUUUGGAAUAUCUUCUGCAUUACUUUUGUGAGGUUACUGCGAACAAAGAAUAUCAAAACGCUGAUUGGAGGCUGCGCCCUCUGCCUGAUGAGAUGUUAAGAUAUGCCAGAGAAGAUACACAUUAUCUGCUGUAUAUUUAUGAUUUAAUGAAAAUCAAGUUAUUUGAAUUGCCUAAGGAGGCUGGUAGUUCUGAUGCUCCUCUGCUGGAGGUCUACAAACGCAGUUGCGAUAUCUGUAUGCAGUUAUAUGAGAAAGAACUUCUGACAGAGAACUCUUACCUCUAUAUUUAUGGGUUGCAGAGCGCUGGUUUUAACGCUCAGCAGCUCGCAAUUGUUUCGGGGCUUUGUGAAUGGCGGGAUGUUGUUGCUCGUACUGAGGAUGAGAGUACUGGAUAUGUCUUGCCAAAUAAAACACUUAUUGAAAUUGCUAAGCAGAUGCCUGUUACUACAAGCAAGCUUCGCAGAAUGCUAAAAUCAAAGCACCCGUAUAUUGAGCGCAAUCUUGAUACUAUAGUCAACAUUGUUAGGAAUUCCAUGCAAAAUGCUUUUGCUUUUGAAGCUGCUGCUCAGCAGUUGAAGGAGGGACGUCUUGCAACUGGAUCGGAUCAUGCAGUACCUCUUAGAGAUGGAACUGAUGCUCCCCAACAGGAUAUGCCUAACUCAGAUGUUGCAAAUACAAGAAGGGGAAAUGAUGGAGUUGAAGGUGGUACCUGUUCUAAUAUCAUGGAAAAAUCAGCUUUUUCUGUCCAUCCUAAACAGGGCACUUCUCAGCAGCAAGUUAAAAAUGGAGAAGAAUCUAUUAAGUCUGAUACUCUCACUUCAGAGGUUACAAGGGAUAGUCUCACUAUUUUAGAGAAGGACAGGAAUGCUGCUGUCAGUACCUCUUCCACUGAAAAGGGUCACAAAGCAACUGUUCAGGUGCUGAAAAAGCCUGCUGGUGCUUUUGGGGUACUUCUUGGGAGUUCAGCUUCAAAGCGGAAGCUUGAUGCUAGCAAAAAAGGCAAGGAAGAGGCCAAGCUGGAGCAGAUUAGAUCUUCAGUCAGUCUUCCUUUCCAUUCGUUUAUGGGCAGCAGUGAGAAGUCAAAAAUAGUUGAAGAAAAUCCUGGUGUAGCAGCCGCUGAAAGUGAAGCUUUGACUUCCCAAAACCCAGUUUCCGAUAAUCCUGUUUCUGCCUCCACUGCAGAUGAGAUUAUUCUACUUGAAUCUGAUACUGACCCAGAGGAUACUGCGAACAAUAAUCCAGAAAGCACAAAGGAGGACAUGGAGAGAAAUUCUGUAGUGUCCACUUCAGGUAAAGAGAAUGAAGAUGAACCAAUGUCUCUAUCAGAACUGUCAUCAAGCUUCCAAAAAUGUUUUCAGUCAAAGACACAAAAUAGUAGAAAUAGACUAGCCAGUAAAACUGAAGAGUCCCGGGGGUUACUGGAAGUGAUGCCAUUUGAUUACGAAGCUGCGAGGCAGCAAGUUAAGUUUGGAGAAGAUGCAGAAGACGCAACUUUGCAGGAGGAGGAUGCUGAAGAUGGUAGUCUCAGGCGGCGGCAGGGCAACUCUGGUAGCAAGAAGAAAAAUUCUACAAUAGGACAGGGACAAACAAGCGAUUUGGCCAAAGAAUUUGCUCCGGCGAGAAGACGUCAGGCAUUUCCAGCUUCUGGGAAUCGGAGCUCAACUUUCCGCUAAUACAUUGCACCUGGAAGCUGACUGUUCCAUAUAACUCCGUCCCUCGUACAAUCCGAGCAACUGGGGGGGACUGGAUCCCUAUUCCGUCAUUGUUUUCACAUCAUCUUUUAAAUGGAACGACACCAUCUUUAUAUGAGCAGGUCAUCAGGAUCUGACGAGUAUAUUUGUAACGUACUUGUCCUGCUUUCAUUAA